AUCAGUUGCAAAUGACAUCCUCAAAUUAGACGAAUCAAAUUGCUGUCAUAAGGUUUCUGCAUGCUGAUAAGCUUUAUACUGCAUAACAUAUGUUUACCGUCAAAAAAGAUGAUGCGGACUGUAAGAUAUUUAUCUGAGUUUUCCAUGGACGAACCAUGGACGUUACUUCACGAAAGGUGGCGAAGAAACUACGGUCAAUGAGUAUAUAAGGUGGCACAUUUACACAACUGCACAUUAGCAUGAAGCGCGCAUCUCGAGAGGUUCUUGCAGAACAGUAACCUAGAAGGUGUUAAGUCUUUGAAAGGAGGAAAAAAUUAAAUUUGAAAAGUCUGAAAACGUACAACAAAUCUUAAUCGUGAAAAUACUAAAUGGCUCAACAAAAGGACGAAAUGAGAGGGGUGCAAAACACGGUUGUAAUAACAAGAAAAGCCCGACGACAAAAUGAGCGAUCAAGUCGAAGAAAGCUUUAUCUUAUGGGCGGAAUGCUCGUCUUGCUUGGCGGGAUAAUUUGCGUGAUAUUAGGAAUGUACGCGAUGAAGUUAAAUAAAGAUUUGGGAAAGCCGACAACUUGCACCUCAACGUCAGAUUCGUUGUGCGAGUAUUCCAUCGAAGCCAAACGAGUCAAACUGCCAGAGUUCCUUGAGAAAAUUCAUAAAACCUAUUACAAGCUUCAUCCCGAUAUGUUCGCAUGGGAUAAUCAAGCUUCUGAAGAAGAGUUGCGAAUAAAUAUGCUUAAAAGAUACCGUCCAUACGACCCGCAUCCUCAUAAAUUAAAGAAAAUUACUGACCAAUCGCAUGGACUUUUGCUUGAAUUGAAGAAAAAAAUUAUAAACAUCGACGAGUUAACACCAAGAGAACUAAGGACUUUUGAACAGCUAAAGCACUACCUUCAGCACAAUUUUGGCACAGUUCAGGAUCAUUAUUAUAACGGCGAAUGGAUGAUGGGACCAAAUUUGUUCUGUCGUCUACCUAUAUGUCGCAUAAAUAUUCAACUAUAUGCCUACGGCCAACUAAAAAGCCCUGCAUCCUACAAGGACUUGGAAGAUAUCAUAGCAAUGAUAAUGAAACAUAAGAACAGCAUAAAUCAGUACAGAACAAACAUACAACUUGGAGUAAAAGCUGGAAUGGUCAGAUCAAUAGAAGACUGUAAAGCCGGAGUGGAUGCUUUAAAAGAAGUAUUUAAAGAACUUGCAAAGACAAACAAGCCAGAAAAAUGUCUCGAUGAAUGGUACACGGAACCUUUUCAAAAGUCGGAAUUUCUCGAUUACGUUCCGGCGAGUGACUUGCAGUUAUGGAUAAAAAAUCACAAGAAGACAGCCUUGACAUCCAUAAAGGAAGCACUAGUUGAAGGAUUUGGCAAACCAGUGCUGGAUCUUUUAAACUUUCUGGAAUACAAGCAUGUGCGGCAUUGCGUCCCAAGUAGUGUGUCCAGCGGCCUGGCAAGUUUGCCUCUGGACUACGUCUAUUUGAAUGGCAAACCUACGAAGAGGAAAACAACUAAAGUGUUGCCAACAGGAGAAUAUCUCGAUGGAAGGAAAAGCUAUAAACGAAUUCUCUCUUUCUACACAACUGAAAAUGCUAGUGCUGAAGAAAUUUUCAACAAAGGAAAGCAGCUACAGAGCGCAUUCUACAAAGAGAUCGAGAGUACUGCAAAGCUGGUAACAAAUACCAGCAAUACCUCCACAGCCGUGAUCAACCUGAAGAAGAUCCUCAAUGAUGACAGUCAAUGGCACAACGACCAGAAGUUUCCAGAGAACGAAUCAAAUGCAAAGGCCUAUAAAACUUGUGUUGACAUAGACUCCGCAAAAAAGUACUGUCCUGUACGAUAUAAAUUCCUGAAAAAGUGGAUGGCAUCAUGCAGAGAAAUAAUGGCGCUAAUGCACCCACAAUUCAUUUAUGCAUUUCACAUAACAGGAGAACGCACAACGCUACCAAAUUGUCCAAUUGAGAUCAAUACUCAUUUCAAUCCAUCACAAGGAACAAUGUUCUUCCAAGAAAGCGACGAGAAAUGCAGUUUUCCAACCGAAUUUUCUUUGCCAUUUUUCUUGGAACGUUACGGACCAAAAUACCAAGAAUGGUCAAUCGUGGCACACGAAACCAGACCUGGACAUCACUCCCAGAUACAAGGAAUGCUCGAGUAUUUCCAAGGCAGUUGUAAAGGAUUGACGUCGUGGUUAGACGAGCAAAGCGACGGUUCAUAUUCUGCAUUCACAGAAGGCUGGGCUCUUUAUAGUGAAAAUCCAAUCAUGUCGGAUGAUACAGACUUGUACAAGGAUAAUCCGCUACAGAAAUACGGCAUGUUUAAGUGGCAGAUAUGGCGAGCUUUAAGAUUAAUCAUCGACACCGGAUUACACAGCAGAGGAAUGAAAAGGGAUGAAGCUUUGAAGUUACUGAAAGAAAUGGCCUGGGAUGACAGUGACUUUGCAGUCAAAGAAGUUACGAGAUAUCAAAGUUGUCCUGGUCAAGCUGCGUCGUAUAUGAUUGGACGACUCACCAUCAUGGAACUAAGAGAGAAAACAAAGCAAGAACUGGGAGAAAAAUUCAGCCUCAAAGACUUUCAUUACCAGCUUUUAUCGCAAGGAAACGCGCCAUUAUCCUUUUUGAGAAAAUACAUCGAAAAAUACAUCGACUGUGUGAAGAAAGAUUCCACAAGCGGUAUAUGCCAAAUCAUUAACGAACCACAUAAAAAGCCGACAAAAAAACCAAAGAGAGAGCAUGGAUCUCUUAAUUUAAAAUUGAAGUACAUGAAAUCUCAUGGAAAACAUUAUGCAUAAACUUUCUAUAUAUUAGAAUAGAGCAGAGCAAUUUUCCAAAAGAUAACGUGUAAAUCAAUCAGAUUUUCAUCCUCGAUUUCUCACUGGACAAAUAUAAUGAAUAGAUGUAAGUCUUUGCCAUAGCUGUAGAUCAUUAUACCCUUUACACAGCUUUUAGAAAAAUAGAAAGGUAAUGAAGUAUAAGCGAAUAUAUAACUACAACAGACCGUAUAUAUAUACUAUAAAAUAUAGAGGGCAUAAAAGUAAACGAGCAUGCGUGAUCCUCUAUUUUAAGCUCGCUCUUCAUCAGGCAAAUUGGUUCACGAAGAAACAAAAGAAAAACAGAAUAACUUAUAUAUUAUGUUGAUGAGCGGAGAAUUUUGCCUUGUGAAAAAUCUGCCAACUCCUAUCUAUUUCUGUUUUGUUCGCAGGCGAACAACAUUUCCACAUGGAGAACGAUUUUACGCAUGCCUAUUAAAUAUGUAUAUAUUCGUAACUAUAAUUAAUUCAUAUGUGUCUGCAAUAUAAUGUGAGAUAUAAAAUAUUUAACUUUUUAUUUAGAUAAAUUUUGUCGAGCAAAUAAAAAAUGUACGCAAUGAUGAUAUACUAUAACAUGUAUGAAAAGUUUGAGUGUUAUUCAUGAGUAUAAUUUUUAUAUGCUAUCGUGCAUUUGA